AUUAAUUAACAAAUUUAUUAAGAAUUAAAUUUAAUUUUAAAUAUGCACUCGCCAAGUGUUAAAAGCGUAAAGAAGAUGACAGUCCCUCAGUUAAAGGAGCACCUUAAAAGUUUUGGCUUAGAAACGAAAGGGUUGAAAGCUGAUUUAAGCGCUCGUUUACUAGAUUAUAUUGAAGAUUCUAAUUCGAAAGAAGAUGAAAAGAGCUUGGAGGCUUCGAAUUUUUCAAAGACUACUCAGAAUACUUUACAAGAGACACCUGUUGAUAAAAAAGAAAAAAAGAACUACAAUCUUCGUUCCGAUCAAUCUUUUUCUCAAGAAGGGACUUUAAUAAACACUGGAGUAGAAAAGCCACUACCUUUAGCCAAUGAAAGUUGUAACGAGAGUAAUGAAAAUAAAGUUACAAAAGAGAAUGCUUUUCCGAAUCCUCAAGAUGAGAAAGUAGAACAUGAAGAACAGUAUCUUCACUUAGCCAAAGAACGUGUUUUUAUUAAAACUCUGGAACAACUUAAAAAUAUUUACAAAGUUGGCACACUCGUUAAUGGCUCUAAUAUUAACGAUAAGAUUAAGAAAAAACUUUUAAAGAAAAAGAUUCAGAAGAUUAAAAGGAAAGAAAAGAAAAAAGAAGAAAAGCUUCGGAAAGAACUGGAGAACAACAAAGCUAAAGAACAACAAGCUAUUAGGCGGGAAGCCCACGAAGUUGAAAUCGUUUUAGUGGAUAAAGCACCGGAAAUUAAAGAUCCUGCUUAUCAAGAGUUUCAAGGCAUUUUUGAAAAGUUUAAAGGCGCCAAUGUAGUAAAGUUGGACGACAAUACUAUGAAGUUUAUUGAUGGCGCUUAUCAAUUACUUGAAAAAGAGAUACAAGACGAAGAGGAAAGAAAGAAAAAAGCAGAACGCGAGCGUCGAAAAGAGGAAGAAGAAGAAACUAUUCAGCGGCUUGACGAAGAGGGAAAACCAAAACUAUCCAAGAAAAAGUUGAGAAAAGAAACUCGUUUGAGUGUCGCCGAGCUAAAGAAUAACGUUCCCCGCCCAGAUUUGGUCGAGGGUUGGGAUGUUAAUGCAAGAGACCCAAUUAUGCUGGUUCACUUAAAAUCCUGCCGAAAUACAGUUCCUGUGCCCCAACAUUGGUGCCAAAAGCGCAAGUACCUUCAAGGCAAAAGAGGCUUGGAAAAGUCUACUUACGAGUUGCCUCAAUACGUAGCAGACACCGGGGUGGCGGAAAUGAGAGCCGCUCUUCUCGAAAAAGAGCAAGCUCAAGGUAUUAAAGCGAAAGGAAGAGAGCGUGUCCGACCCAAAAUGGGGAAAAUCGAAAUUGAUUAUCAAAAGUUGCACGACGCGUUUUUCCGCUAUCAAACGAAACCCAAAAUGACUAUUCACGGCGAUCUUUACUAUGAAUCGAAGGAAUAUGAAACUCGUUUAACAGAAAGAAAGCCGGGCGACUUGAGCGACGAGCUGAAAGCUGCUUUGGGAAUCCCCUUGACUCCAGACGGGAACUUGCUGCCCCCGCCAUGGCUAAUCCAAAUGCAGCGGUUUGGGCCGCCGCCGUCUUAUCCAAACCUUCGGAUUCGUGGACUGAACGCGCCAAUCCCUUCCGGCGCGCAAUUCGGGUAUCAUCCGGGUGGAUGGGGCAAACCUCCCGUCGAUCAGCAUGGCGUCCCUCUUUACGGCGAUGUUUUUGGCACUGACAGUAAAAGAAUUAUCGACACUGAAACGAAUAUUGACAAGCACUUUUUUUGGGGUGGUCUUCAAGAACUUUCUGAAGAGUCGAGCGAAGAAGAGUCGAGCGAAGAGGAAAGUGAAGAAGAACUUGAUGGAACUCGCACGGAUAGCGGAUUAGAAACUCCCAGCGGAAUCGCUUCUAUUCCUGCGGGUUUAGAAACUCCCGAACACUUAGAGCUACGCAAAAAGAAACAAAUAGAAGAGGAUAUGGAUAUUAGGGAGCAGCAGCCGCUUUAUACUGUUCUUCCUGAGAAGAAAAAUGAAAGCAGGAAGGGCGUGAUGGCUCCCAGUUAUACUUACGAACUCUCUUCAAGCAAAAGCAAAACGAAAGGCGUGGAAGUGGCUUUGGAUCCCUCCGAGCUUGAAGACGAUUCGGCUAUUCGAGCUCGUUACGAGCAAAAAUUAAAAGAACAAGAAGCCGCAGAAAGACCAGAAGAUCUCAGCGAUAUGGUGGCUGCUCACGUGGCUCAGCAGAAUAUUAAGCGAAAGAAAAAGCAGAGCGAAAAGGAUAAAGCUUCCAAGAAAUAUAAAGACGUUUUCUAA